UCUUCUGAAUGUCAUGUGUUAAAAACUGCGACGGAUUAGCUAUACAUAUUACAUGUACAUAUUAGCUUUACAGCUAACAGUACGAAACCCUGGCCUGCGUUGUAUCCUAAACGGCUGACUGCUUGCUAUAUUAGUGCACUGCGUAGGGUAUGAGAUAAUGGUUUCUGCGCCAUGUCUAGUGCACUACAUGUCUAAGAAGUAGCUGUUUGAAAUAACGCCAUAACGCUAGCUGGUUAAUGAGUUGAUGUGGCAGUCAGGAGGAGUUUGUUAAGCUAAUUUUGUUUCAAUUUCGCCAUAAAACAAACUAAUAGGCUGUGAGGCGUAUCAAGUUACAGAUAAUAACUCGUGGCAUUUGUAUGUAACCGUAAACCAGGAAAAAAGAAAAGAAAAACAACGACUUCUGGAUUGUUCGAGCUGCUUGGACUACAGUAAUGCUCAUGAAUUAGGAGUAUUUAAGUCCAUGUUUUCAACUCCGUUUUAUUUACAUUACAGCGUAUUUAACAAUAGACAUGAUCUCAAAGCAGCUUUACAGAUAUCCGUGGUGAUGAGGUUUUCAUCAGAUAUUAAAGUGAUAGGCUCCUGCAAACUGCUGCCUUUAACACAAGUGAGAAAAGAUUGAAGUCUGUGUAUCUGCCUCGCCGGGAAAAGGCACAAUGACUGCUGAGGAGCCGGGAAACGAGGUGGACAUGUGGUCGUCCAUCCGCUGCCUGGGUUACCUGUCCAGCGUAAACCUGCUGGUGGCGGUGUGUCUGGGCAUGUACGUACGAUGGGAGCACACCUCCGAACCUACAAUCCUAGUCAUAUUCAUUCUAGGUCUCUUUGUCUUGGGCCUCUCCAGCAUACUCUAUUAUUACUUCUCCAUGGAGUGGGCCAGCCUGAGUCUGUUCCACCUCUGGUUCGGCUUUCUGCAGGGCCUCCUGUGCUUCCUAAACAGCUCUUCUCUGGAGAACGAUGUGAAGGAGCGAGUGACAAACUACAUGCUGCUGGCCAGCUUGGUCAUCCGCUUUCUGUGGGUGUUGGCAGACCGCCUGUGUGGUAGCAUUAGCUACCAGAGAGUCGUACUCACAUCAGCAGAGGCUCUCGAGCUCCUGGGUUUUGCCAUAGCAAGCACCACUAUGAUUCUCUACAAGUCAGCGGCAAUCAUCGCCCUUCUGGUUGCGCUCGGCGCCAUUAUUGUAGACCUGCGCAUGAAGUCUCUCUUGGCUCUUCCCAAUCUCAUCUGCUUUUCUCUAGUCACCUCGAUCACCUUCUUCCAGGCUCUAAGCAUCCAGGCUAACCCGUUUGCCCUGGGCUGUUACCUAGGACGGCUCAUUUGUGAACCCCUGCUGGACUUGUACUUCAGCAGUCUUUCAGUGACCGAGCGCUGGAUGCCCUUUUUGUCAGCAGGCAGGCUGUGGAGGAGGCUCUCUCUCUUCCCGCUGAGCGUUGUGGAGCUGAUGUUCUUUGUGGUUUGUGCCAUGAAACUGGGAAACCUGGAGUUCUGGUACCUCGUUAUACCCGGAUUUUGUGUGUUCGGCCUCUUCUGGGUGCUUUGCCACAUGGUGUUUCUGGUCACGCUUUGGGGAUUCCACACCAAGCUGAGCGAGUCCCAGAAGGUUCAGGCUGCCCAGCGCUCAGACAGUCGCAGUCUAGACAGGAUCAUGGCCUCGAGGGGGGUGCGCCAUUUCUGCCUCAUCUCUGAACGCCUGCUGUUUUUCUGCCUGCUCUCGACUGUCAUCCUUGGGGCGGUGUCAUGGCAGCUCUCUAAUGCACUCUUCAUGAGCAUGUUCCUGGUGGUGCUCUCACUGGAGUCUCUAGUGCAUGGGCUCUUCCAUGAGUUGGGCAGCUGUCUGGGAGGGACCUGUGUGGGCUAUGCAGUGGUUAUUCCAACCAGUUACUGCAGUGUGGAUGGCCAGCCGGUACUGCUUCCUCCGGAGCAGGUGCAGGAGAUGAACCUGCGCUCCACUUCAACGCUCAACGCUGUCCAGCGCCUUUUCUCGCACCACUUAAUCCAGACAUUUGGCUGUGACUACUCCACCAGCGGACUAAGCCUGGACACACUCCAGGCCAAACUGCGCUCCUUCCUGGAGCUGCGCACUGCUGAUGGCCCCCGGCAUGACAACUACCUCAUCUACUACAGCGGACACACUUUGCCCACAGGAGACUGGGCUCUUACAGGUGGGGAAUGCCUGCGCCUGGGGCAGAUCCUCGAUUGGUGGAAGGAGCGCAACGUUGGCUUCUCCUCCCGCCUCAUCCUGGUGCUGGAUACAGAGAACUCUGGGCCAUGGGUGAAUGCUGUGAGGAGGGUGGAUGGGCUUUAUGUGGCUGUACAGGGAGCUGAAAUGAAUUCAACAAGGGACGCCGAAAGCCAGGACGCCCCUCGCCUGGGAGACUUUACCUCUGAGUGGGUGGAGUACAACUGUGAACCAGAGAGUGGCGUGCAGUGGGCGGAGCGAGGGCGUCCCCUCACAGCCGUAUACGGUGUGUCCAAAUGUUGGAGUGACUACAGACUCCACCUGCCGACUGGCAGUGACGUGGAAAAGCACUGGAAGACCCACUUCCCCCGUGUCACUUACCCACUGGUGGCUAUGGCUAACUGGUGCUGUGGGCUGAAUCUGUUAUGGCUGUGCAGUGCCUGCCUGCGCUGCUUCAGAAGGCUCAAGCUGGGCUGGUUUCCUCCUGCUGUCCUUGACACAGGGCAGGGAAUCAAACUUGUUCGAUCAUAGAUCUGAACUGCGAUCUCUGACAUGACAUGUGCCUUUUCUUCUGUUUGUUUAAAACAGAUUAAACCUACCUUUAAUUUUGGUUUCUUGGCCAGCUGCGGAGGUCUUUGUGUACUUCAUGGUCUAAUUUUGGUGUCUUCAUUCCCUUUCAUUCUUGCAGUACUUUUUUUCUGGACCCAAGGAUGCACUGAUAAGGAAAUUCUGAGCCUACAAGCAACAUUGCUCAAAUCUAUUACCUAUAAAAUAUAUGUUUAUGAAACAGGCUUAGCAACAUGUUAAGGUAAAGAUUUCCUCUCUGCAUUUUGCUUAGUUUACUUUAAUUAAUAAGCUUUUUGCACAUAGCUAUAAGUGUAUCCACAAAUUUUGAAAAAAAAAAACAAUUCAUUAUAUUCAAACUAAAUGUCAGCAAAAUUUCAAUAUUGACACACUGCCGUGUGGUUAUUUUAUGCCCAUUAUCAUCAUUUCUCUAGGAGUGCCGAAUUUCAUUCUCUCAAGCUAACUUUAUAAGUGCCUUUGACUUUAUGCUUCCAUGUGAACAGGUAAAAAGGUGGUUAUUUGAGUUUAAAGUGCCUCUUUGAAUGAGCAGUUGUGGACUCUAAAUUAUGCUGUAGAAAAGCUAUUUUUAAUUCAUGGAGCCCAUUUUGCCUCUCUGAUGACACAUUUAGUGAAACAAGAAUUGAGAUGUGAUUAGUGUGUCAUGCAGUGUGUAGCUCAGACUGCCCAUUAGUUCCUCACUAGAUUGAAUGAUCUUUGGUGUUGAGUGUAUACCCUCACUGUGAGCCAUUGGGUUUUUUUUUCUUUACAGAAACACACAUGCUUUGUACAGGUUUUGGUAUGUCAGUUAUUGUAUUCUCCUAUGACAUGAAUAAAUGUUUUAUGUAAA